CUAGAAGAAGAAUCGGAGGACUGACCUGGAACAGAAACCGGAACCUUUACCCUUUUCCACCCUGCUUAACGUGGACGUGGAUUUGUGUUUUGCCUGAUGUUUUUGUAGAUCUUAUAUAUGUAUUUGUCGGUCUCAUUAUUCCGGAUGUUCUUUUAGCUGCGCUGUCCCCGUAGAGAAAGCAGCGUGAGCACUGAUCGCGUUAUUGGUGUUAGUCAUAAAUUUGCACGGAAGGUCUUGAAAUACAAAUGCAUUUUCCGUAGGACAAUUAGCUCCUGGGAUUAGGCUAUCCGAAAUGGCUCCGAUGGGAAUCCGGCUGUCUCCGCUAGGAGUGGCCGUGUUUUGCUUACUGGGGGUGGGCAUAAUCUAUCACCUUUAUUCCGGGGUGCUGUCCGGCAGAAUAGCAGCGUUCAGGCAGCGCGAGACGGUGGAUCUGCGCGAGCUGCUGGCGCUGUCGGUGGAAGCCGCGGUGCUGGGCGGCCGGGAGGUGAAGCGAGUCCGGGAAGAUAACGCCCUGGAGGAGAAGUCAAAGGGGGAGACCAAGGAAGGAGCCAAGGAAAAGCUCACGCUGGGGGACUUGAGCUCCCACCGUAAUAUGUAUCAGCUCAUAAAAACCGCCUUUCCUUCCUUACAGGUAAACUCGGAGGAGCACGACAACACCAGGGUGGAGGAUCUGCCGGCGUGGGACCGUAGGAUUCCCGAAGAGAUCGCCCAGGUGGUCGGCCGGAGCCAGGAGGUGCUACCGGAAAGCAUCACUGUGUGGAUCGAUCCCCUGGACGCCACGCAGGAGUACACGGAGAACCUCCGAAAGUAUGUCACGACGAUGGUUUGCGUUGCGGUUAACGGGGCUCCCGUUAUUGGUGUAAUCCAUAAACCGUUUACUGGGUAUACAGCUUGGGCGAUGGUCGAUGGCGGAUCCAACGUGAAGCCACGUGACUCGUACAACGAGAAGUCGCCGCGGGUGAUCGUGUCGCGCUCUCACGCCGGCAAAGUGAAGGGCUUCGUGGAAGCGGCCUUCGGCAACAACACCGUCAUUUUUCCAGCAGGGGGCGCAGGUUACAAAGUUCUGGCACUUCUGAACCCCACAGACGAGAAGUACGAGGAGGCUGACGUGUACCUCCACAUCACCUACGUGAAGAAGUGGGACAUCUGCGCGGGCAACGCCAUCCUGCGGGCGCUGGGCGGUCACAUGACCACGCUGAAGGGCGAGGAGAUUAACUACACGGGCUCGGAGGCGAACAACGGCGGCCUUCUAGCUAGUAUCCACAUGGACCACAAGGCCCUGGUGCUCCGGCUGCCGGCUCGAGACGCCGAGAAGCACAGAUAACUAGCCUGUCUCUAACGUCAUUAUACUUUUCCAUUUUAAAUAAAUACGGUACAAGGGAAAAAAAAUAUGGUAUAAAGGUCUCUACCAGGGUUCUCAGAAACGGACGCCCGUCCACGUGAAGGAGAACCUCUCGACAGAUACGUUUCUCUGGGACAUCAGCCACUGUGGACAGUAUCCUGGCAUGCUACUGUUGCAGUACAUAGUACCAGCUCUCCCCUUAGUACAUUUUAAUGUGUCGUGGAUUGUGUGGAGGGGGGAGCUUCUAUGUUAAUUUGUGAGUUCCUUUGACCAUAGCAGCUAAUAGUUGUACUGAAUGCUACUUAUUCCGCGCUGUGAAAUAGACCCAACCAAUAUACUCGACUGUAUAUUUGGUGAUAAUUUACGCCCCACCCCUACAGUCAGGGAUGGGACUUUUAAAUGUGUUAUUUGCUCGGGUGGGGGGGGGGGGGGGUCAUAGCAAAUGCAUGACCUGUUGUUUUAUUUAAAAAAUGGGAAGUAUUUAUUUUCAGAAGUGGUUUUUGCUUGUCCGGUACAUGCACUCUGUUUGGCAGGUUUUAGCCACAUUCCUAGCGCUUGGAUCCCAUUAUCUGUGGAAUAGGUUUGCUCAUCUUCAGUGCCACCAAAAGAGUAAAGCACACUAAAGCAGGCAGGUCUUAGAUGCUGCUGAGGUAUCGGCGAGAGGGUCUCUCCAGCCUGCCAUUCACUGUGAACACUCUCUCUGCUCGUACGUGUGGAGCUGAUUGCAUGGUGUCUCAAGCUCUGCACCGGGAGGUUUUUGGUUCAAUGCAGGUUUCAUUACAGAGCAGAUGCGGGUUUCUGCUCUUAGAUGCUCUUUAUUUUCCCCCCGUUUGGGUUUGAGGUUCUUUGCGUUUUCUCUGACAUGAAGGGGCUCUCCGUCAAGCGCUGCUGUGCCAGGAGCCUCCCCGCUGUGUCCAGUUACGAGGGGAUGGAAGCCGCGCCGUUAUGGUACCGCUGUACCCGUCUGUUGUGCUUUUUGGUCGGCCCGCUGGUUGAGUUUUUGUGAGAAUCGUGACCGGGAAAGGAGGCCAGCUGCCUGAAUUGCAUUUCUGUUUGGGGGUGGCGGGGGGGGGUGUAAAAUGGCAGAAAGAGAACAGUGAUGUUUGUGUGAGGCCUGAAGUGGGGGGGUCUGCGGGGGAAAGCAGAAAAUCACGCUAUGAAGAAUUAUGGGGGAAUUAAGUAUAUAGGAGGGAAUUUGAGGAUAAUGUCUUCUGUCUCACAUUUAUUCUUCUGUACCUGAAAUUGUUUGGGGUUUUCAUUUGCUAAUUUCAAAUGACUGUGUUCAAAUAAAAUCUAAUAAAAGUUAAA